AUGAUCAAAAGACCCACCGAUACACCGACGGUCAUAUUUGCAGACUCGCUCUCGGUCCUGAGGGACGUCGCUAGCGGGACCUCCAAACAUCCCUUCGUUGAGGCCAUCGAGACACUUCGAGACCCACUGGUCACCAUCUGCUGGGUUCCGGGUCACAGCGGCAUCAAGGGUAACACAGAUGCCGACCGAUUAGCCCUCAUCGGCAGACGGGCCCGGACCCGGCUACCUAAUGAGACUCCAACCAUUGACAUCAUCAGGGAAUUCAACACCAGCUUGCAGAACGGAUUCACCAACCACUGGCGGAGUUCUCGAAAUCACACCCAAAAAAUCAAAGGCUCAGCCGACACCUGGACCGAUCGACAUAGCCAGAGGGAACAAAAAAUACUCUCCAGCGAGCCCGUCCCAGAAUGUGCCUCCUGCAACACCCGGUUCACCGUCGAACACCUGCUGUGCAACUGCCGAGAACUGGAGGACCUACGGCGUCAGUACGGCCUGACUGGUCCGAUACGGGACACCCUAUCCAACGACCCGGUUCAAGAGGAGGCACUCCUCCUCUUCCUAGAGGACGCCGGCCUAUACAACAGCAUUUAA